AGUGAUUGAUCAUAUCGUCAUAUUGAUUGGUCACAAUACAGUGUGCAUGUGCUACGUUGUGUUAAGAAAAAAAAACAUCAUCAUCAUCAUCAUCUAACAAAUGAUUGCUUGAUGAACAUUGAUCGAUUCAAUCUUAAGAUUGUUUGAGUGAAACAAAGUGAAAGUUGAAUAAAGAAUUUUUUACAUGGCUUACUAUUCGCGUAAUCUACUACUAUGGUUAUUGUUUAUAGUAAUAUUGACAAUCAUCAUCGAUAAUAAUGGACAACUAUUUUUUGUUGAAGCACAGACAUCCUCGCCAUCACCCAGAAGUUGGACAUUCGAUGAUCCAACAAUACUUCGUCAUGUACAAAUAGUGUUUCGUCAUGGUGAUCGAACACCAGUUUGGGUUGAACCACCUGAGCCAUAUUAUGAACAAAGAAAAUAUUGGCCACAAGGUUUUGGCCAACUGACCAAACAAGGAAAAGCAAAAGCUUAUCGACUUGGACAGCUAUUACGUGAUUUUUAUAGUGAUUAUCUUGGUAUGAGAUUUUCCACUCAAGAAGUAUCUAUUCGAAGCUCGGCAUUGGAUCGAUGUAUCGAAACUGCUCAAUUGAUUAUGGCAGGAGCUUAUCCACCCAAUUCUAGUCUUGCACGUUGGGAUAUUAGUCCAUAUACUGAACCGUUAGCUAAAUUAUGGCAACCGACACCCAUCGAAACAUUCAUACCGGCUGAUGACGAUACAUUACUUCGAGUGAAUAAACCAUGUCCAGAAGCGGAUGAAACAAAAGAACGAUUGUUAGAUUCUCGCCGAAAUAGACGUUUAUUACAACGACAUCGUCAAAUGUUAGAUCAAUUGGAAAAAAUCCUCUCAAGCCAUCUUCAUACGAUUGAACAGGUUUCAAAUGUACAUGAAAAUAUGAAUAUUAUGCACGAGAAUGCUUAUUAUUGGUACAAAUGGCAACCAGAAUCUGGUAAUCGUAGUGAAGAACUUUCUCAAUGGACACAAGAAUCAGAAGAAGAAAUCAAAAGACAAUUACGACAAUUCGAAAUGGCUAAAUAUCGUUCAAUGUUUGAUGAUGAUUUUAUCAAACAGGUUCGUGCUGGUGAGCUAUUACAUCGAAUUGGUGAUAUAUUCAAGUCGCGACGUUCAGUACUUGAACCAGCUACCGAUUUAGAUCGAGAUUAUCGUUUGAAUCUGUAUUCAACACACGAUACCAAAUUAGUUGCUUUGUUACAAACAUUGAAUGUAUGGAAUCAUGAACUUGUACCAUAUCUUGGAACAUUAAUGUUUGAAUUACAUCAAAGCCGAGAGAAUUCUUCACAAUACUAUGUUCAAUUAUGGUAUCUGAAUGAAACAGCCGAUCUACUUGAAUCAAAUUACGAGUUACGACCUCAUCGAUUAGAUAUUCCCGGUUGCGAUCAUGAUGAAUUCGAUGCAGACGAUCUUAUGUGUCCACUAGAUGAUUUUCUAAUUUUAAUUGAGCCAUUUCGACCACCACAAGAUUGGAAACACUCAUGUGGUGUUCAUUCUGAAUUGACAGCCAUGAUUAGCGUGAAUAUUCUUCUAUUGAUUGUUAAUCUAACAAUGAUGUUUUUCCUAUUAAUGGGAAUCAUGUACGUUUGUAGUUGUAUCAACAAUCGUUCUGGAUAUGAACGAUUACGAUGAUUUUUUUUUGUAUUCUAAUUCGUUUCAAUAACACUAAAAACAAAACAAACAAAUUCAUUCACAAACAUCCACUGAAAUAUUGAAGAUAACAUACUCACUUUGUGUGUUUUUAAUUUAUUAAUCAUUAAUCAAUACUAACACUUUGAUCACAUUUGUAAAGUUACAUUAUUUUUGUUGAAUUAAAAAUUCAGAAUGAGAAUAAACGAGCAAAAAAGAUUUUUUGAACACACACAUACAAUACGAUACUCGAUACAAUCGAUUGUUAGUGGCUACUUCCUUUAUUCACUGUAUUUCAUCAGGCAUUUUCGUUUUGAA